AUGAACGGAAAUACAGCUGUGGAAAAGAAGGUUGUGGCCAGCGUUGAUGGAAAGCCUAUUGUCUUGGAAACUGAUCGGAUCCGAGUGAAAGAGAGGAUUGGACUUCCAGGAGGGAUUGCUUUUAUAAUGGGAGCUGUCAUUGGUUCGGGUAUUUUCAUCUCUCCAAAGGGGGCGUUGCAAAAUUCAGGAUCAGUUGGAAUGAGUUUGAUAAUAUGGACAAUGUGUGGAGUUUUGUCAAUGAUAAUCGGACUUGUGUAUGCUGAACUCGGUGUUCUUCUUCCAAAAUCUGGUGGUGACUAUACUAUUAUUAAAAGUGGCAUUGGAGGUGUUCCUGCAUUUCUUGUUUCUUGGAUACAGUGUAUUGUCACAAAUAGUGGAAGCCGUACAGUUCUUGCACUCGUUUUCGCGGACUACGUUUGUGCUCCAAUAUUCGGAAAAUGUGAAGCCCCGAAUAGUAUAAGGAAGUCAAUUGCUGCAGUUGAACUUCUGAUUCUUGCUAUUACAAACACUAUCAGUGUCCGACUUGUUUCUUCAAUGCAAGGAUUUUUUACAGUCUUAAAAGUUCUCGCUCUAAUCAUUAUUACUGUAGGUGGAUUCGUCUAUCUUUUUCAAGGCAAGACAGAGAAUUUUAACGACUCCUUUCAAGGCACUACAAAUGACAUAACGUCGAUAUCCUUAGCAAUUUACAGUUGCAUGUGGGCAUAUGGUGGAUACACAAACCUGAAUGAAAUCGCUGAAGAACUUAUUCAACCGAGGAAAAAUAUUCCUAAGGCAAUUAUCAUAUCAAUGACUUUGAUAACAAUUAUUUAUAUCACAACAAAUGUUUCGUACUUUAUUAUGUUGUCCAAGUCGGAAUUUCUAACUGUACCUGCUGUUGCGUUUACGUGGGGUGAACGUGUCCUGGGUUCGGCAGCGAUUAUUAUCCCUAUAAGUGUGAUGUGUUCCGUACAUGGUGCCUCCAACGGCGGCUUCUUCACUGACGUCCGAGUACGCUUUGCAGCUGCGCGCGCAGGUCAUUUACCUGAAGUUCUUUCUUUUCUGCAUCACAAAUCUCGAAUACCUUUGGCGUCCCUCUUCCUAAAUACAGUUAUGUCCAUUAUCAUGUUGAUUCCAGGCGAUAUUGGGGAGCUGAUAAACUUAGUCGGUUUUGUUGGAUUUUUAACUCAAGGCCUGGCUGUGAUUGCUUUUCUGCGAAUACGAUACCUGCGUAGAAAUGAGAAAAGAAACAAAGACCACUUCAGAAUUCCACUGGUUAUUCCAUUUCUUGCUCUUGCAAUAUGCGCAUUUAUGUUGAUAUCGCCUUUCAUCUCUAAUCCAAAAAUUGAAUUUCUAUACGGUGCCGGUUUUAUUCUUUCCGGACUACUGCUGUAUAUUCCGUUUGUAUACUUUGACUGGCGUGUUCCCGGAUGCGAUCAGACUACUACUAUGUUACAAUUGUUAAUGGAUAUUUGUCCCACAGUUCUUGACCAAGACAUAGAUCCAUUGAUGAAUGAUAACUUAUAG